GGUCCUGGGUCCCGGUCGGGGCGGCUCGCAGCCAUGCCCUUGCACAAGUUUCCAGUGCACCUGUGGAGGCGGCUGCAGCUGCGGGAAGGGAUCCGCGCCCGCCUGCCCGCGCACUACCUGCGCGCUCUGGAGGACACGCGGGAGCCCACUCCCGUGCAUUACCGGCCCCACGGGGUCAAGUUCAGGGUCAACCCCAGGAACGGGCAGCGGGAGCGCGUGGAAGACGUGCCCAUCCCCAUCCACUAUCCUCCCGAGUGCCAGCGAGGACUGUGGGGCGGCGAGGGCUGGAUCCUGGGCUACAGAUACGUGGGGGACGACAAACUGUCCAAGAGGGUGAAGAAGGUGUGGAAGCCGCAGCUGUUUGAGCGGGAGCUGUACAGCGAGAUUUUGGACAAAACCUUCACUGUGAUGGUCACCAUGCGGACCCUUGACCUCAUCGACAAAGCCUUUGGCUUCGACUUCUACAUCCUGAAGACCCCCAAGGAGGACCUAUGCUCCAAGUUCGGCAUGGACCUGAAGCGAGGAAUGCUGCUGCGGCUGGCCCGGCAGGACCCCCAGCUGCACCCAGACGACCCCCAGCGCAGGGCAGCCAUCUAUGGCAAGUACAAGGAGUUUGUCAUCCCAGAGGCCGAGGCUGAGUGGGUUGGCCUGACACUGGAGGAGGCCAUGGAGAAACAGCGGCUGUUGGAGCAGAAGGACCCCGUCCCACUGUUCAAGGUCUACAUGGAGGAGCUGAUUCAGAGGCUGCAGCAGCAGGCGCUCUCGGAGCCCGCAGUGGUCCAUAAGACGGCCAGCAGGAAGUGAGCGAGCAGCACUCAGCCGUCCUCAGUGGGCCCUUACGCCGUGGACUCACUUAGAGCCUGGGCUGACUGAGGGUCGCCUGUGGACAGUGAGUGGCUCCCACACAGCUCCCUGGGCUGCAGUGGGCUUUGCUGAGGCCCGGGGCAGGGCCCCGUGCUGCUGCCUGUGGAGAGGGAGCAAGUAAAGCUUGAGCCAGG